GAAGUAAUAGUUAUGGCAAAUAAAGACAGUACACUCACGUACACCACCUAAUAUGAUUCGUGAUAUGAUUUUCACUUCCAAUGGUGAUAAAUCAUGCACUUAGUGGUCUUAUUGGUUGAAUGCCUCUUCACUGAAUUGAGAUAAUUAUAAAGGAGGCUGUCCAUGUAAAUGUUAUAUAAAUGGCAGAAAUGUAGUACCACCACACUUGAUCUACUCUUUUACUAAGAUUUGUGCAUUUCCCAUUUCGUCUAAAUAGUCUAAAUUACCACGAUGGACAACACGUCAAGACUGAUCUGCAGUAUCGUCGGUGCAAUCGGCUGUUCAACAAAUGGCUUCGCCAUAUUCAUUAUAUUUAACUUGCAGAAUCGGUACAGUACAACAAAUCUUCUUAUCUCAAAUCAGUGUAUCAUUGACUUUUUCGCAUCUUUGACGUCACUUUGUAUUUUUCUGGAUCCACACUUGAUGACACGGCUCCCAGAGUCGAAUGUUGCAUCUUUAUUUGUUUGUAAGUUCUGGUCAAGCAAGUAUAUAUUCUGGUCAACUACAUAUGCCUCUACAACUAAUCUUCUGGUGCUUACUGUUGAUCGUUAUUUUGCUGUAACUCAUCCACUUAAAUACAAUAUACUCAAAGAAAAGGCGAGGAUAAAAGUAUUGCUUUUGACGAUUCCAUGGGUAUGUGGUUUUGGAUUUAUUUGCCAGUGGUUAUUUUCUUACAGUGUGAAGAAUAAAAAGUGUAUUCAGAAUUGGCCAAGUGUUGGGUACCACAAAGCGUUUGCUUGUUUGUGUUUCGUUUACAUUCUUAUCAUUCCUAUCAUUGUAAUAUUGUUUGUCUACUUCAACAUUUUUCGCACACUUCAAAAACGAGUUGCAGAUGGUUCAUCUAUGGAAAAUGCAAGCAGUACGGCCAGACGUCUGAAUAUUGUUAAGACAAUGAUGAUAGUUGGUGUGACAUACGUUAUUUGUUGGGCUCCGACCGAAAUAUGUUAUAUCUACUUUACAUUUGAUGGUGACAUUGAUUUUAACUCACCAAUUCACUAUAUUACAGUAGCAAUGUCUUUGUGUAUAAAUCCAAUAAUAUAUACGUUCAAAUAUAAUGAUUUUAGAUUAGGUUUGCAAAAAACUCUGCCAUGUCUUAAGCACCGAACCACAUCAGAACAAAUUAUUCUAUCGGGUACAGUGUCUGCAAAUGUCGUGCUGUAAUAUAUCAGAUCUUAUCUGCAGAUUCCAACUGAAGAUUACAAAAUGACAAAUGGUUUAUCUUACCGAUUUCUGAGAGUCUACUUACAUUCGAUUUUAUUGCUUUAUCAAAAUAAUCAGAUACAUUAAAGUGAAAAAAGUGAAAAGAAUUCAAAGUCGCCUGGGGCUUGG